CAACACAUCAAUUGUCAUUCAAAUAAAUAUAAAGUAUUGUUUAUAAAAUGAGUGUAGUUGUAAAUAAAGUAAUAUUUAUAGUGUUAUUCUGUAAGUGCACUUUGCUAUUAUAAUGAACUCAAUAUAGAAACAUAAAAGUCUUAUAAGAAAUGGCAAAAGUAAAUAAGAAGAGAGCAAAAGAUCCAAAGCCUAAGAGAUUUCCUUGUCCAGAAUGUGGAAAGAAAUUCUCAGAAAAGGCUGGACUUCACCAUCACUUACAAUUGCACUCAGAUGAUCGUCCAUACACCUGCAAUAUAUGCAACGGCACAUUCAAAACAAAUAAGUACCUUACGAAACAUAUCAAGAGGGUCCAUAAUCCACCGACAGACCACGAAUGCGAAUUUUGCGGGAAGAAGUUUCAUUAUAAGAGCUUGUUAGAGAAACACAGGGUUGUGCACACUGACGAAAAGCCAUAUAAAUGUAAAUGGUGCAAGAAGGGAUUCAACUCUGGCUAUAGUCUGUCUACUCACAUAUUCAUUCAUACAAACUCCAAGCCGUACAAAUGCUCGUACUGCGUGUACGCGUGCCGCGACAGCUCGACGCUGCGGAAGCACGAGGAGCGGCACCGCGGGAUAGUGCCAGUGUACAAGUGCAAAUUGUGCGAUAAGCAGUACACGCGGAAGUCCGUGCUGAAAGUGCACGUGACGGAGCAGCACCUGCACGUGGAGACGAAGACGAAGCCCUGCGAGGUUUGCGGCAAGAUGUUCCGGGACAACACUUCGAGGAACGUUCACGUGCGCGUCGUCCACAAGCAGCGCUACGCCGUGCAGUGCGAUGUUUGCGGCGUUCGCAUCUCGAACAAGUACAAUUUAAUGCAACACCUGCGCACGCACGUGGACGAUCGACCGUAUAAAUGCGCUUUCGACGACUGCAAUAAAGCCUUUAAGGAUAAGUCCACCCUGAAGAAGCACGCGAUCCUGCACGAGCCGCGUCGCUGGCGCGCGUGCGGGCGCUGCGGGCGGCGCUUCGCGCGCGCGGCCCGCCUGCGCUCGCACGCGCGCCAGCACCGCGCCAAGCGGCGCCCGGUCGAGUGCGACCACUGCGGCCUCGGUUUCUACAACAAGAAAUAUCUGACCAAUCACAUAACGCGCAAGCACAUGUACAGACAGAAGUACGUAUGCGAUAUGUGCAAUUUCAUCACGUACAACAAGCCGAGUCUCGUGAUGCAUAUAAAGCACGGUCACGAGUCGGAGAUGGACCGGGAGUGUAAAAUAUGUCACAAAACAUAUAAAAGACAUAUUUAUUUGAAAUCUCACUAUUGGAACGUGCAUUGUAUACGAUAUAAGUUGAAGCGGAGACGCGUGUUAAAGAAGAAGGUGGAAGUGAAAGAAGAGAUUGACAGGAGUGAGGUGGACGAAGCGGAAAUAAAAAAAGAGACCGAGAGCGGAUCAGACGUAGAAAUACCUGAAAGUCUAGACCAGGCUGCAGACGCUGGAGUCUCGGUGGAACGAAAAGUAGAUGAUUUGUAUGUGAAGGAAGUUGUGAUGAGAGCAAAACCAUCUAAAAAAUCUGAUCCCACAGUGGACGCGAAAGUGGAGAGGAAUCUUCAGAGGAAACUAAAAAGGAUCUUGAUUAAAUCGCGAAGAGAGAAAGAGAUGAAGGAGUUGGAGCGAGUGAGACGGAUGUACAAUAAGAGAAUGCAGUUGUUGAUGAGUAAAGUUCCCAAACCGUUAGCGGUGCCGAAGCCGACGAAUGAAAUAAAGAUAGAUAAUAUAUACGAGAAGGACGCGACUGGGAAGCUCAAGUUCAACGUGCACCAGUGCUACGUGUGCUUCGAGCUGUACGAAACAAAGGAAGCCCUGCUCGAGCACUGCCAAGUGCACUUCGAGCUGUGCAACUCGAGCAUACUGAGGAAGUGCCCGCUCUGCGACUACGUAUGCAAGAAGAACAUGCGGCGCCACCUGCUGGCGAAACACAGGAUAAACACCAAACUGUACACCGGCCACAUCAGGGACAGGAAGAGCAAUAGCAACGGCUCGCGAUUCUACUUCGACGUCAAGAAUAAAAUCAUCGACACGAUGGAGGUCAUCCCUAGCGUGAAACACCUCAACCGGCAGGCGUACGUCGACAUCGAUAGAAGGAACCGCGAAUUGAAGGACAAAAUUAUCGCCAGAACGAAGCUGGUUAAAAUGGGCGGCGAGUGGAUCGUCGAACGGGAAACGUUGAAUGUCGAUACGUAUCUGAUACCCGAGAUCAGGUAUACGACAGACUGUUUGAGCACCGGCAGCGACGAUUACUGCGGGCGGAUGAAGCGGUUGAGUGACGUCACCAAGAAAAAUGGCGGCAAAAUGAUGUUCCCCUGCGACAGCUGCGACAAGAUCUGUCAAACGCUGAGCGCGCUGAAACUGCAUUACCGACGGCACGACCCGAACGCGAAGCCCUUCAAACCGAAAAUGUGGAAGCACAAGUUGAAACUGAUCGAAAAUAACGGAAAAACGAAAAAUAACGUUACUAACACCGGUGCGGAAAAACCCCUCAAACCGAAUAAAUGUAACACCGCUAUCAAUAGCGUUAACCCGAAUCGGUAUUUGGAUCCGAAACCGAUAGUGAAUAAACACAAAUGCGAUCCCGAGUUGAAGAAAUUCUACGAGACAAACAUAAAGGGUGGUGAUAUAGAGUUCUGGCAGUUUCUGAAAAUAUACAACAAAAUGACCAGAGAGAAAAUCGAAGAUUUCUCGGAUUUGGAAAAGAGAACGGACUUCGGGUUUCACAUAGACAAUAGACUAAAUAAUACAGCUGAUAAAGAUAUUAAAAAAGUAAGGAAAAGAAUUCGCGGUAAUGUCAAAGUUAGGAAAAUUUUAAUAAGCAAAAGAGAAUACGCAAAAAGGAAUGAAAUUAAAAAGCAAAUGAGGCAAAGAAUUGCGGAGAGUUCAGUGCAAUAAAACGUUAUUUUAUAUUUAAGUUAGCUAAUAAAAUACUAAAAAAUAAUAGAUGAAAUUAAAGUCACUGUUACUUUUUAUAACGUGACAAUGUUAUUAUAGCGUUAACGUUACAACAUAAUUUAUAUUCCCUUUCUCAAUUUCUAGAUAUGCUCUGUUGAACUUAUCUCUUAGUUAAAAUCUAUACGAAUAUUAUAUACAGGAAAGAUUUCUACGUAAGUGUUUGUAAUGUUUUCACACAGAAACCACUGGACCGAUUUCAAAAGUUCUUUCACCGUUAUAAUUUGACAAAGCUGCACUGACAAGUACGUACCUCGAGCGAAGCCGGGGCGAACAGCUGGUAGCAAAUACAUAAAAAGUUUUAUAUAAGCUUUCAGCAAGAUAAUACGGAAUACUAAACUUUUUGAUAUUUCCAUUUCCAAGCGAAAAUAAUUUUAUCAAAUUGUUACAUCGUUUUAUGGAAUUUAAAGACUUGCCUAUGUAAAACACAAGUUGGUUCACAUCUUAUCAUCACAAUUUCUUUCUAUUAUUUAAAUAUAAUCUAGAAAAAUAUAAGAAUGCAAUAAAAAUAUAGGUAUAAGAGGUAUUUAACGAAGAAAUAUUUAUAUUCAUGCAUAAUAUGCACAUAAAAUAUUAGAAUAAGGGACUGUUGACAACAACAAUUUAAGAAGACUUAUAACAAAAAUGAUACAUUAGCGCGCAUUUUCGUUUCUUUAUUUUUAAUUCAGUGAAGUGGUUCUUUUUUUAGUUUUUAAGGCAUUGAAAUACUUUUUAAAUGAGAUUUUAAAGAAUAAAAUAUGCUGUUUUUUUGCUCAAGUUAACUUUUGUUUGCCUCAAUUUUUUCUUUAUUUUUUCCUUUUCAUCAUUAUAUGGUCUGAAAGUUGUAUGGUGAAUUUUAAUUUUUACGUCCCUUAUUUCAUAUUAAUUGAAUUCGUUUCGUUCGUUCAUUAUUGACAUUAAGAAGGAUGUAUGCGUUAAUUUUUAUAUUAGAAUGAUGUUUAGUUGCAGUUUAUUUUCCACUAUGCGAAUUUUUUAUAUAGAUUAAGUUGUUGCUGAUCGGUAUAUUAUAUCGUAAAAUCGUAUUGUAACAGUACCGAAUGGUAAUUUCUAAUCGGUAUAUUAUAGUAAAAUAUUAUUUUCUUAGAACGACAAAAAGUCAGUUGUCUUAGUUUAUUAAGACAUACAUAUUUUGCAUUAUUCACCUGUUUUGUGCGUAGAUAUUUUAUUGAUCUUGAGAAAAUGUGAAUUUGUUGUAUACCUUAGUUAAUAAAUUUUAUAAUAUAAAACAAGAUAUAUAAAAAACAGGAUGAUAAAGAUGGUUUAUUAUAUUUAACAUUCCAUUUACAUAGACAUUCAUAAUU